GAUGAAUAGGGAACUCUUCCUUGCUUUGGAAAGUGGUGAUGUCGCUAACAUUCAAAGAUUACACGGGCAAAACUCGCGUGUUCUGUUUGACGUCACAUUCCAGGAAGAUACUCCUCUGCAUAUUGCUGCAAGGGAAGGUCAUCUGACCGUUGUUGAGUGGAUUCUUCGAGUAAAACCCUCUUUGGCUGGAGCCCGAAACAAGGAUAGCAAUAUGCCACUACAUGAAGCUGCUAAAUGCGGCAAUCGAGAGCUAGUCAGAAUUCUCCUUGAGAGCAAAAAAAGUUCUGCCUACUAUUGCAAUAUGUUUGGAGAGACGGCUCUGAUAAUAGCUUCCAGGUAUGGCCAUGUGGAAACAGUUAGGCUUUUGGUGGAAACCAGGUCAUAUAACGACUUAGUGGAAAUGCGUCGUUCGUUUAGAGUGGCAGCUUACGGAAGAUAUCCAGAUGUAGCGAAGGCCAUACUUCAAAAUCCCAUCGAACCCCAGCGGUUCCGUCGUCUACUACUUCUUCUAAUCGAAUGGGAUACAUAUCAAUAUGUAGCGAAGACCAUACUUCAUAAUCUCAUCAAAGCCUACAAAAUUUCCAAUCUUAGCAAGCACAUGGUUCAUAAUCUGUAUCAAGCCGUCCAUGGAGGACAUCUUGAGAUUGUAGAGGCAGUGCUAAAUUCUCCUGCAUGGAAAGACAACUUAAUGACAAGGCCGGAUAUUAAUGGAAUGUGUGCAAUACAUGUAGCAGCCAUGAAAGGCCAUUGGGGCAUAAUCAAUGAAUUUAGGUCCAGAUGGCCAGACUCUGUCGAAAUCCGGAAUUCAGAUCAUAAGACUGUUCUGCACUUUGCCGUCCAAUAUAAUCAAAUGGAGAUAGUGAAGAAUCUACUAGCAGACAAAUCGCCUCAAAAGGUCGCAGAGUUGGUGAGCCGCGACCAUGAUGACUAUUUCCACGAUACAGCAUUACAUUUGGCGGCAAAAAAUGGAGUGGAUCCGGAGGUUUGGCAUCCUUAG